AUGAAUUCUGAUUCAAGCUCUGUCUCCAGCAGAGCCUCAUCUCCGGACAUGGACGAGCUGUAUCUGAGGGACCACCACCGCCAUCACCACCACCAGGAGAGCCGCCUCAACUCCGUCUCGUCCACGCAGGGCGACAUGGUACAGAAGAUGCCCGGGGAAAGCCUCUCGCGGGCCGGCGCCAAGGCCGCGGGCGAGAGCAGCAAAUACAAAAUCAAGAAGCAGCUGUCGGAGCAGGACCUCCAGCAGUUGAGACUGAAGAUCAACGGGCGCGAGCGCAAGCGGAUGCACGACCUGAACCUAGCCAUGGACGGGCUGCGCGAGGUCAUGCCGUACGCGCACGGGCCCUCGGUGCGCAAACUCUCCAAGAUCGCCACUCUCCUGCUGGCCAGAAACUACAUCCUCAUGCUCACCAGCUCCUUGGAAGAGAUGAAGAGGUUGGUUGGUGAGAUAUACGGGGGCCACCACUCGGCCUUCCACUGCGGGACCGUGGGCCACUCGGCCGGCCACCCAGCGCACGCCGCCAACGCCGUGCACCCGGUGCAUCCCAUCCUGGGCGGCGCUCUCUCGUCUGGCAACGCCUCGUCGCCUCUGUCCGCUGCCUCGCUGCCCGCCAUCGGCACCAUCCGGCCUCCCCACUCGCUGCUCAAGGCGCCGUCCACGCCUCCCGCGCUGCAGCUGGGCAGCGGCUUCCAGCACUGGGCCGGGCUGCCCUGCGCCUGCACCAUCUGCCAGAUGCCGCCGCCGCCGCACCUGUCCGCCCUGUCCACCGCGAACAUGGCCAGGCUGUCUGCCGAGUCCAAGGACUUGCUCAAGUGA